AUGGCCUCCGCAGAAGACAUUCCCCGCAAGCUUUGGGCGCAUCCCAACCCUAGGGCUACCCUGAUGUGGGACUUCAAGCAGAGGCUGGAGAAAGAGAAGGGUAUCAGCUUGCCAACCUACCAUGACCUUCAAACCUGGUCAGUGAAGAAUCGCGCCGUAUUCUGGGACUUUAGUUGGAAAUUCUUUCCUAUCAUCUACGAAGGUUCUUAUACUACCGUAGUUGAUGAAUCCGCUCGGAUCGAUAGUAUUCCCAGCUGGUUUGAAGGAGUUCGGCUGAAUUUUGCUGAGAACAUGCUUUUCACUGCCGAAAAGGCACCAAACGGGUCUCAUUUCAUCACUACAACCGGAAAGGAAGACAGCAAAAUCGUGGCGACCCAAGUCCGCGAAGGAGCCCUGGAGCCUGAUGUCUCCAUUACUUGGUCCCAAUUGAGACAACGGACAGGGGGACUGCUACAAGCACUCAAGGCGGCUGGCGUGACCAAAGGAGAUCGCGUAGCCAUUGUCGCUAGCAACAGCAUCGACACAUUGGUGGUCUUCCUGGCCACUACCGCUCUCGGAGCACUGUUCUCAUCCGCCUCUACUGAUACUGGUGUCAAAGGCAUCCUCGACCGUCUUCUCCAAAUAAGACCAAAAUACGUGUUCUUCGAUGACGCCACUGUAUACAAUGGGAAGCACAUUGAUCUGCGGCCGAAGAUCACUGAUGUCGUUAACGGCCUUACGGAAGUUUCCGAGUUCGAAAGCUUAGUUACUCUUCCUCGAUUCCCUGGUCGUCCGGUUGAUGUGUCUGGCGUACCCAAAGCCCAGCCUCUGGCACAUCUACUUGCAACUGCGCCAUCCGACAAGCUAGAGUUUGUCCGUGUUGGGUUCCGCGAUCCUUUCCUUGUAGCUUUCUCCUCAGGGACAACCGGGAAGCCGAAGCCGAUAGUACACGGUGUCGGUGGCUAUAUCCUCAACUCGAGUAAGGAAGCUCGACUACAUCGUUGCCACAGUUCAGAGUCAGUCACGCUCCAAUACACUACUACUGGCUGGAUUAUGUACAUGUCCGCCAUAUCGGGCUUAUUAUUUGGUGGAAGGACAAUACUCUAUGAUGGAAGCCCCUUCAUACCUGGUCCAAAGGUCCUUAUCCAGCUCCUAGGGAAAUACAAAGUAACACACUUUGGCACAUCCCCGCGUUACCUUCACGAGUUGCGCAAGAACGGCAUAUCCCCACGCAACGAAGAGGACCUCAGCAAUCUUGUCGGUGUCACAAGCACAGGAAUGGUUCUCCCCGAAUCCAUCGCUGAGUGGUUUUACGACAAGGGAUUCCCAGCUCGCGCGCAGCUAGCAAAUAUCUCGGGUGGAACAGACCUGGCAGCUUGCUUCGGGCUCGAGAACCCCCUGACCCCGCUCUACCUAGGCGGCUGCCAGGGUCUCCCACUUGGAAUCGCAGUGGAAGUUUACGACCAAGCUGACGAAGGUGCCUCCGGCGUAAAGGGAACUGCCGUUCCCGAUGGCGUCCCAGGCGAGCUCGUCGCAACAACAGCAUUUCCAACAAUGCCGGUUAAAUUCCUCGGCGAUGAUGGCCCAACGAAAUAUUUUGAUUCCUACUUUGCCCGGUUUGAUAACGUCUGGACCCACGGCGACUUCAUCUCCAUCCACCCAAGAACGAAACAAGUCUACUUCCUCGGCCGCUCUGACGGAGUGCUCAACCCCUCCGGAAUCCGUUUCGGCUCUGCCGAAAUCUACAACGUGAUUGAGACCCAAUUCACGCACGAAAUUGUCGACUCGCUAUGUGUCGGACAGAGGAGGCCUCAGGACACCGACGAAUCCGUCGUCCUGUUCUUACUCAUGCGGCCCGGGCAUGGUCUUACGGUUGAGCUUGUAGGGCGUGUUAAGGAGGCUAUUAAGAAGGCGUUGAGUGCGAGACAUGUGCCGAAGUAUAUUUUUGUGACGCCUGAGAUUCCGACGACGGUGAAUCUCAAAAAGGUUGAACUACCUGUGAAGCAGAUUGUCUCUGGGAAGAAGAUCAAAGCAUCGGGAACGCUGCUGAAUCCGGAUAGUUUGGAGUACUACUACCAGUUUGUUGAUGUGGAGAGACUGGUUGAGCCAAAGAGUAAGCUAUGA